ACGAGACUUGGACGGCAGCAGGCGACGGACGCAGGGACGCCUCCCCCCAGAGACGCGGUACAGUACCCAAUACACCCCCGCCUGUGCCUGUCUCCACCACACAUCAUACACACAGGGUGACCAAGGGACCUGAUCCUCACCAUGACUGCUACUGUGAUAAGGACGGUUGUGCUGCUGAUGGGCCUGGUGUGUGCUGUGUCUGCGACACCGACGACGGCUCCAACCGGAGGGAACACAACUGAAGUGGUCCACCACAACACCACCACCGCCGCCAGUAACGAAUCCACGACUCUUCCGGCCACUUCGAUCACUCCAGUGACACCCGUGGCAACUGUGACCACUGAGACCACGCCUAUCGCAGCUACACUCAUAUUUCUAUCUCCCACGACAACGUCUAAUACUGCGAACUCCACGACGCCUCAAUCAGAGGGACUUUCAGUGUCUAUUCCUCCAGCCAAAUCCACGUGCCCUGAGAUUGACCAAAUCCACUGUGGAACGAGUGACAGAUGUACCCGGAUCCGGUACAUUUGUGAUGGUGACAACGACUGUGGCGACAGCACUGAUGAAGAGAGCUCCCUCUGUGCGGUAUGGAGGAACAGUGACUGCGAGAGGAACCACGCCAAGUGUACCAGAAGCGGCCGCUCAGACUGUGUCACCAUCAGCACCUACUGUACCCUCACUGACCCGCCCUGUGAGGGUACCGUCGACCCUCGUCUCUGUCAGAUGCUGAAGGAUGGCAAGAUUCAGUCCCUGAACGCCAUCCAGAUGCCCACCCCCCCUGCUCCCACAGAGCCAACUACGAUACAGCCAUCUAUCCACGUGAGGAAUGAGAACUGGUCUGAGCAAUUCUUGCUGAAGCUCAAUAGUACCAUUCACCAUCCAGACUGUCCAAUGCUAUACACAAAGGUCGGGGAACACUGCCUCUCCAUCUUCUUCAUUGGUAAUAUGAGUUGGAUGGAGGCCCGGACCUUCUGCCAGACUAUAGGGGGAGACCUGUUCACCAUCACCAAGGAGUUUAACAUGUUCGCUACUCUACUGCAGCACUUCACCACUCACCAGGUGACUGCAGACUUCUGGAUAGGUGGACGCUACAUCAACGACACCUUAGGGUGGACCUGGGUUGAUGGAUCUCCCAUGCCUGUGGGCUCUCCUUAUUGGGCUGUCAGACAUGAGGAGAGGUGCACCAAUAGAAAAAUCAGCUAUGAUCUCCUCAACGUCACUUUACCUGCCAAUGAUGGCGUGUGCUACAACUACGUGCAGGCCCCCAGGGUGCCACCUAUGGGUCACUGCAGCUCCCUAUCCUACGAGUACUACCACUACAUGUCUGACAAUAGCUGUUUCAUCAAGAAAAGUCCCUUGUGUGUGCUGGUAGGCGAACACCCCAAGCAAGCACAGUAAUAACAUUUUGGCUGGCUAACCCAGUGUGGCCCUUUAAAAUACCACAUGACCUGACAUUCUAUGAGGCUCUUGACACAAAUUUUCUCACCAGUAAGCUACAUGCUAUUCCAAGUGUACAACCCCUUGACUGGCCAGUCAUCCAUCACCCCAAUCAUUGUAUAGUUCUUCGUGUGUUUACCUGGUCAAACACUUCAAACACAGUGUGUAGUCACUUAUCUGAUUGGCCAGUCAGCAUACCAUGAAUUCUUUAUAGAAAUCCUUGUUUGAUUGGUAAUCUGGCCACACUAAAUCUUGCCCCCCAAAGACUGUGUAGUUUAUAAAGCUGGACAACCAUGACAAUCAAAACUGUAAUGCAACCGGUACAACAAGGCUAGUAGGCAGGGCAUGAAGAACUAGCCCUCGCUUCCCCCAUAGACACUAAUAGGUAGGCACAAGCAAGCAUUGAACAUACCUACCUCUCUGUUUCCAUAAUACCAGCUGGAUUUCAUACCCAAGUGGUUCCAGUUGUUUUGACCCUAAUGGUCUGGCUACAUCUCAUUAAACAUAUCUAUCAUCUCAAGUUAAAAUCUUAAAAGAAAAAAUAUGUUUCAACAAAAUUCAGUAUUUUACACAAAUCUAACUAUCUGAUACGACAUAAUAUGCAUAUCUGCAGUAUAUACAUACGGCAUAAACUUUUCCCACGUGUACUCAUAUUAUUUCCCUCAUUUUUUACUUAUCUAUGUACACAAAGAAAAUAAUCUAUUCUUAAUAAUAUUUUUAAAAUGUUAUUACUGUAAAAACAAAAUUACAAAUGUGUAACAUCAAUGUGUGAUAACUAUACAAAUAUUAACGAC